AUGGACACGACCCAACUCUCGAUUCGGGGCCUCGACUACACCUCCGAAUACCGCGCAUUACAAGUUUUACAAGUCUACUUCACCGUCCUCGUGAACCGCCAACUACGCCGACGCUUGCAACUCGAACAAAAGGUCAUGCGAGAUCUCCCCGCCCCCCGGCGAUUCCGGACAAUCCUCCUCCUUGAACCUGUCCCAACUUUAUCUAAACCGCCCACCCUUAUCGCCACCGACAUUCAAAACACCCUUCAAUUUCUAGAAACAAAAGUGCGUCUACUCCGCGACCGCGUCGAGAAAGGCAAGGAGCUUAUCUCCGAAAUUGAACGCCGCAUGCAAAACUCUUCUAUCGCCUUUCCGACUCACUUCUGCCACACUUGCAUCGUGGGUAGUGAAUUCGGUGGCGUUGAGAUUUUGCUGACAAAAUGCGGACACCGGGUUUGUCAAACUUGUCUCGCCUUUGAGACUUACCAAGGGGGGGUUUAUGAGUGCCCCAUCUGCUUUCGGCCGGCGGAUUUUGUGGGAAGGGAAAAGGUGAGGUUGAUUACAGGCAUUGAGGCAGGAUUACAGGCAGGUAUAUCCAGGCAAAAGGGCUCUAAGAAGAAGGAUGCUAGUGUGUUGAAGAUGUUAGUUACUAUGGUUUAG